AUGGCCUCGUACCACACCACCUUACAUCUCGACUCCAAAAGAGCCCUCGCGACAAUGGUUUCUGCCUUGCACCUCGGGACGCGCUCAAGCGAUGACUCCUCCUCGUCCGAUGAUGAAAAGCCGGUCAGCAAUUUCCUCAAGAGCGGGGUUCCGGGCAUUGUCACUGGCGUGAUCGUACUGGGGGCCAUCUGUGUGUUCAUCUACUUGCAUAUCCGCAACAAGAAACGCGAUGCGCAAGAGGAUCAAGAGAUUCGCAAAUGGAAUGCGGAAAAUGUAUGA